UGAUGUACUUCAAGUUAGAUAUUGCAGGAACUUCAGCCCAGUGGUAUGGACAUGGCAACCAGACAAGUGAGGAGUGGUUUUGACGUAUCUGGGCCACAAGAAGAUAAGAGCAAUAAUGAGCUGAUCAAGACCAGUUCAUCUCCUGGGUGGACUCAACAGCCUCUUAUUGCUGCUUGUGAAAAAGACGAGCAUUACAGUGGGAUGAAAAUUGAUGAGCUAGAAAAUGACGUAGAGCUGAAUGACUGCUCUGAGGACAAUUCAGAUGAUAAUGUGGCAACUAUACCCACCCAAAAAGGAGGAAUGAGGAGAAAACAUCAUCGACCUUGGACUAUCAAUGAGGUUGUUAAGCUAGUGGAAGGUGUAGCCAGGUAUGGUGCUGGUAGAUGGUCUGAGAUAAAACGGCUUGCUUUUGCGUCUUGCCCUUAUCGAACUUCGGUGGACCUGAAGGACAAGUGGAGAAAUUUGCUGAAGGCUAGUUUUGUGCAGUUGCCUGCAGAAAAAGGGAUUCUGAAUUCCCGGAAACAGGCUUCAGUUCCAAUUCCUGCUCCAAUUCUCUCACGUGUGAGAGAGCUUGCUGAUAUGCAAGGUCAGAUCCCACCAAUUCUCGCUACGGGCAAGUCAAGUGGACAUAGUAGUAGUGGUAGAAGUGUACAUGAAGCUAGGUCUGGAUUCCUGUAAUUUCAACAUCAUAAGAGGUUUGUUUUUUGAAAUAAGCCUGAUGCUGAAGGGCAAACAGUUCAAUAGCCGUUAUGUUUUAUAUGUGAAUGCUACUUUUUGUGCGAUUUGACCUUGGUCAUUUUUAAUUAAAGGUUUUGAAGUUGAGGGCAA